AGCGGAAGCGAGCCCCCGUUUCUGGGCGGCUGAUUCGAGGUCUUGUUUUGUCACAAGCGGCAGCUCGGGAGAGCUGCGGCCGGGCGUGCGAUGCCGUCGGAGGGUCGCUGCUGGGAGACCCUGCAGGCACUGCGCAGUUCCGACAAAGGUCGCCUUUGCUACCACCGCGACUGGCUACUGCGGGGCGAGGAUGUUUUAGAAGAAUGUAUGUCCGUUCCCAAGCUAUCUUCCUACUCUGGAUGGGUGGUAGAUCAUGUCCUACCCCACAAGCAAGAGAACCGAUCUCCUUCUGAGACUUCAUCCUCCUCCAGAUCUGCUUCAGCCCUAGAUCAACCUUCAUUUGUUCCCACAUCUUCCGUCAGAAGCCUUGCCUUCUCACAAGGCUCCUCAGCAACACCAGAUGGAACCAAGGGCAAACAUGAGUCCCAGCAUACAGAAUCUAUGGUACUUCAGUCCUCCAGGGGGAUCAAAGUGGAAGGAUGCAUCCGAAUGUAUGAGCUGGUGCACAGAAUGAAAGGAACAGAGGGCCUGAGGCAGUGGCAGGAGGAGCAGGAGCGGAAGGUGCGAGCGCUCUCUGAGAUGGCAUCCGAACAGCUGAAGCGGUUUGACGAACGGAAGGAACUGAAGCAUCAUAAAGAGUUCCAGGACUUACGGGAAGUGAUGGAGCAGAGCUCCAGAGAAGCCCUGGGCCAGCAGGAGAAGCUGAAAGCUGAGCAUCGGCACAGAGCAAAGAUCCUCAACCUGAAGCUGCGGGAGGCAGAGCAGCAGCGCCUGAGGCAGGCGGAGCAGGAGCGGCUGCGGAGGGAGGAGGGCCAGGGCCGCCUGCGCAGCCUCUAUGCCCUGCAGGAGGAGGUGCUGCACCUCAGCCAGCAGCUGGACGCCUCGGACCAGCACCGAGAUGUGCUCAAGCUCGACCUGUCUGCCUUCCUGACCCGAGGCAACCAGCUGUGCGGCCUCAUCUCGGGCAUCAUUCGGGCUGCUUCAGAGAACGGCUUUCCCUCGGCAGAGGACCAAGCUGUGGCCGAGAGAGCACUGCAGGAAAUGCGGGACCUCCUUUCGGACUUGCAGCAGGAGAUCUCCAGGGCCUGCGAAGAGAAGAGGAGGCAGGACGAAGAGGAGGCCCAGGCGAAGCGGCAGGAGUCGCUGAUGCAGCAGGGACCAGAGGUCCACAAAGAGUCCCCCGCUCCCAGCCAGGGCCCAGCGGGGAAGCAGAACGAAGAUCUCCAGGUGAAGGUCCAAGACAGUACGAUGCAGUGGUACCAGCAGCUGCAGGAGGCCUCCGGUCAGUGCGUGCUGGCCUUUGAGGGACUGACCAACAGCAAAGAUAGUCAGGCCAAAAAGAUAAAGAUGGACCUCCAGAAGGCUGCCACCAUCCCAGUGAGCCAGAUCUCCACCAUUGCAGGUUGGUCGAAGGAGUUAAGAACAUGGCCCCUUGCUCCAUUUUAUUAUUUUUUAAGACUCCAAAUCUCCUUAUCUGUAAGGUUCCUAUACACAGUAUGUUUGAACAAAUGUUGGCAGUUGGAUCAGGUGAAUGUACGUUAUAUGCAUUCUAUUUCACUCUUCUUCAUUUACUCUUCAGCAUGUAUAAGGUCAUCCUCGGUCCCUUUCGCCCCAGCUUUCAGGGAGGGGAUGGCUUUGGAGGACUAUCAGAGGAUGCUCGGCUAUCAAGUGAAGGAUUCCAAGAUGGAGCAGCAGGACAACUUUCUGAAACGCAUGUCGGGGAUGAUCCGUCUCUAUGCUGCCAUCAUCCAGCUCCGCUGGCCGUAUGGCAACAGACAAGAGAUUCACCCUCAUGGCUUACAUCAUGGCUGGCGCUGGUUGGCACAGAUAUUGAACAUGGAGCCCCUGUCAGAUGUGACAGCCACCCUCCUCUUUGACUUCUUGGAGGUGUGUGGGAAUGCCCUCAUGAAGCAGUAUCAGGCCCAGUUCUGGAAGAUGGUACUUCUCAUCAAAGAGGACUACUUCCCCAGGAUUGAAGCCAUCACAAGCUCGGGACAGAUGGGUUCCUUCAUACGCCUGAAGCAGUUCUUGGAGAAAUGUCUGCAGCGCAAGGAGAUCCCUGUCCCCAAGGGCUUCCUCACGUCCUCUUUCUGGCGUUCCUGAGGCCGUCGCUCCUCCGCCCACCGUCGCCGUUUUGUCGCGGAGGGGCGACAAUAAAGCAGCUGCACGCAGCCGUGUUUGGAAGUCAUGUCAGACUUGAAAAUCUACUGAUGCGUAUUUUUAUGUAUCCGUACCUUGUGACUAGCAAGGGAGAUUUUCACGUGUCACAAAAUCUAGGCGGUCCGAUGACACCUUCAGGGGUCCACAUCAAAGAGUCAAUGGAUUUGGCAUUUCUCACUUUUGCAGAAAUUCUGAGAAGCGGUGUGUAGCACUCGAUCCCGUUUUCUUUCCUUUGUCUCUAGUAUCUUUCAGAAAGUAGGUGCGCCAGAAGCCUUUCACUCUGAAGUGAGCCCACCACUUCGACUCCCCACACCCCACCCCUACACUCACCCCUUGCCGCCCCGUUCAGAUGAAUUCCCAGAAACAGCAAAGACACAUAAGGCAUCUAGUGUAAUAGUCGAGGCCCGAAUUCUUACGUGCAAGUCUACGUUAUGGCUGCUUUGCCUUUCUCACCUUGUGAAGUAAUUAGAAAUUCAGAGGAAGUGACUGAUGUAGACAUAAACACAGUCCUAAAUGGCAUCAAGGAUUGCUUAGUGUCUGGGAUGAGGACUGUUCCCACGUGUGAUACAGAAGCAAGAAGCACUGUUUGUCCCCUUAGUUUGGGAUUCAGUCCCUGCAUGACUAGAGAUGCAUGAACCCGGGCAAUUUUUUUUUUUACUUGUUCUGACUUAUGAGUGAUAGAUUUGCCUGACUAAAGCCACUCCAAAAAUCCGAAGCUCGGCUUUUCAGAUGAGUCGAGAUUUGUUUAUGGAAAGAUUCAUUGUCGUGUGCCGUGGAUCUCUUCCUGUAUGCUAACCGGUGUCGUGUGUACCGAUGUGCUUUUUUGGUGGGGAAGAGGAUUCACUGGUGCUUGUGAGUGGCUACAAGUGACCCAUUCUAUGAAUUAUCGAUUAUGGUACCAAAAAAAAUAAGUAAUAAAGCUUGAUUUUUAAAAACCCA